UUUUUCAACUCCAAUUUGUCCACGCUCAUACCUUUUGAUCUUCGACGACAUGAAGUUCCUUACUGCUGCUGCCGUCAUGCUGGUGUUGCUUCGGCCGCCCCUACUGCCACUAUUGAGAAGCGCGCUCAACAGUGCGGUCAGUGGGACAGCAAGGUCACCGGUGCCUACACUCUGUACCAGGACCUCUGGGGCAUCUCCGGCUUCACCGGUUCCCAAUGCUCCGAUAUCACCAGCCUGAGCGGUAACACCUUGAACUGGUGGACCACCCAAGUAAAGUCCUACGCCAACGUCGUCACAAAGACCAACGCCGUCCAAAUCUCCAAAAUCAAGUCUCUGGCUACAAAAUGGUCCUGGACGCAAACCGGCUCCAACAUCGUCGCCGACGUCGCCUACGACAUCUUCACCUCCUCUUCCGCCGGCGGCAAGAACGAAUUCGAAAUCAUGGUAUGGUUGGCUGCUCUCGGCGGUGCUGGCCCCAUCUCUGCCAAGGGUGCUCCCAUCGCUACCGUGACCAUCGCAGGCCACUCUUGGAAGCUUUGGUAUGGCAGCAACGGCGUGAAUGAGGUUUACAGCUUCACGCCCAAUGGAGCAAACGUCAGCAACUUCAGUGGCGAUUUGAUGGAUUUCUUUGCUUAUCUGAUCAAGAGUCAGGGAUUCAAGGAUAGCCAGUAUUUGGUUUCUGUUGGUGCUGGCACGGAGCCGUUUACUGGGUCUAACGCUAAGCUUACCUCGUCGUACAGCUUGGUUCCUGCUUACAAGUAG